UAAAACCAAAAAUCAACACCAAUAAAUACACAUAUAUAAAUAAUUAAAGAUACAUAAUAUACUCGUAUUAGAUAAGCGUUCAAAAUCUAAACGUCAACUUUAAGGAGCCACAAGGAACAACAAAUAAGAAUAGUUUAACAAAGAACUAGCUUUAUAGACAAGACACCCUCCUACAACCCAAGUGACAAAAACGAAUAAGUAAUUCGAGUUAAAUCGCAAAACCAACCUACAAGCAGCAAGAAAACAAAAGCGUUAACAUGGCCGAUAAGAAAAUUGGUGAAUAUUAUGCGCCGCCGCCAAAAAUGGGCAAAUGGGAGGGUUUCAAAAAAUUCCUAUGGAACAGUGAAACUAGCCAAUGCCUUGGACGCACCGGGUCCAGUUGGGCGAAAAUUCUACUAUUCUAUAUAAUAUUUUAUGCGGCGUUAACUGGAUUCUUUGCUGCAAUAUUUACGGUGUUCUACCAAACGUUGGACAAUGAAAAGCCCAAAUGGAUGCUUGACAACGGAUUGAUUGGAGCUAACCCAGGUCUUGGCUUCCGACCAAUGCCCCCAGAAGCCAAUGUUGAGAGCACAUUAGUUUGGUACGAGUCAUCGAAGAAGGAUAAUUAUAAGUACUGGGUUGAUGAGACUGCCCGUUUUCUGAAAUAUCACACUUACGAGGAUCUUGAGAAGCAGAACCAGGUGGACUGCAGCUUCGAGCAUCCGCCACCAGAGGGCAAAGUCUGUGGCACCGAGGUCGCCAGCUUCGCACCCUGCACAGCCGACAACAACUUUGGCUAUCAUGUGGCCAGACCCUGCAUAUUCCUAAAAUUGAAUAAGAUCUACAAUUGGGUGCCGGAAAUUUACAACGAUUCAAAGACCUUGCCCGAAGAAAUGCCUGAGGAGUUGAAGCAGCACAUCAAGGAGAAGCAGAGCCUGCGACCCAAUGAGACCAGCGUUGUCUGGGUCUCUUGCGAGGGUGAGAAUCCCGCUGAUGUUGAAAACAUCAAGGCUCGUGAUUACUAUCCACGCAUGGGUUUCCCACGUUACUACUUCCCCUUCAAAAACAUCAAGGGAUAUAUUCCGCCAAUCGUAGCUGUGCAAUUUACUGUUGAAACCGGCGUCUUGAUCAACAUUGAGUGCAAAGCCUGGGCCCGCAAUAUCAACCACGAUCGCUCGGAAAGGAGAGGAUCCGUCCACUUUGAGUUGAUGGUGGACUAAGAGAAACGUUUCCCCAAGGACAGCGGCCGUGUGCGAGGAGCGGCCACCGAGGAGCAGGGAGCUUGGAGCAAGGAGAGCAAGGAGAGCAAGGAGGGCAAGGAGGGCAAGAAUAAACGAGGCAAUAGGUUGAAGGUUGAACAACACUCAAGUAUAGAAAGAAAACUGCAACAAAUCCACACACAAAACAAGCGAGAAAUGAGUAAAGUGUAGCAAGCAAUGGCCCCAAAAAAAGGGCAUGCGAGAUACAGCAACAACCAAAGACAAAGACAAAACUAAAGGAAUGAGAGGGAGAAGCUACAGCAAGAACAAAAUGGAAAUCUUAAGAAAUAAAAUUCUAGCGCUAUAAAGCAUAUAAAAUACAAGCAAAACAAAAACAAGAAAUACCUACCCAACGCUACCAAAAUGAACAACGCCCCACACAGAAUCACACAAAAACCUUAAUUUGUUAGGAAAAAUUUGAUUUAGUUAACAAUUUAGGCGAAAAACUAAAGGUAUAAAUUUGACAGGCCACUUAAAUUAGCGCAAAAUAUUAUAUUAUCAGUAAUAAAAAUAACAAAAAAAAAAACAAAAA